GGAAGAAGCAGACAUCGGAGUCGCUAGAACAAAAUGACCGCAGAUUUGAUGGAAAAUAUUGCCAGAUUUCUUCUUGCGGCCGCCUUUGUAGUGUUGCUUUCAGUAACAUGUCGUGGGAGUGCUAAUAGCGGAUCUUGCUCAUCUGAUGAGCGCGCUUGUUCGAAUGGAGAUUGUCUAUACAUGAAAUGGUGGUGUGACGGAGAAGAAGACUGCCUUGGGGGAGAAGAUGAGGUGGACUGUCCUGACAAAGGUUGCUCGGUGUUGGAGUUCCAGUGUGAUAAUGGGCAUUGUAUACAGGAUAUUUUUAAGUGUAAUGGAGAGGAUGAAUGUGGUGAUUUGUCAGAUGAGCAGGACUGUGUUGACCUGUCCCUUGUGGAUGAAUGUGACGAGGGUCAGUUCAUGUGUGAGGACCGUAAGAGGUGUAUCAGGGACUCUUGGGUGUGCGACCUCAAAUCUGACUGCCUGGAUCAUUCUGAUGAAUCGCAAACUCGCUGUGGCCCGAUACACUGUACGGACACGCAGUUUGCCUGCCGUUCUGGUCGCCAGUGCAUUGUGGGUAGAUGGGCAUGUGACGGACGAGUGGAUUGUGAUGAUGGGUCAGAUGAAGAAUGUGAUAAGCUGAACGUGUGUGAUGAGGACCAUGGCUGGUUCCUGUGUGGUGACCAAACCUGUAUCAGCAUAGCUCGGCUGUGUGACGGCAACAAGGACUGUCCGAGGGGGAGGAUGAGGGAAAUCAUUGUGGAACAAUGUGUCAAAAUGACACCUGCCACCACAUGUGCUUUGAAGCUCCGUCUGGUCCGUUAUGCAAGUGCAACCUUGGCUACAUGCUUAAGUCUGACGGGAAGACCUGUGUUGAUAUCGAUGAAUGCGAUUGGUUGUCUUAGGGUGUGCAGUCAGAUGUGUACAAACUUAGCCGGGUCUUACCUGUGCUCCUGUUGGGAGGGUUACAGACUGGAACCAGACGGACACACAUGUAAAGUGAAGGAGGCUAACCCAGUUUUGUUUUACUCCGAGGCACAUCAGGUGCAUUCCAUUAACCUACAUACCUCAGAAGUCAAGCAGCUUGUCAGUGGGAGGAAAAACAUCACUGAUAUUGCAUAUGACCAGGUUGGCACCCUGGGGACGUUGUUCUGGGCAGACCAGGAGGAGUCUGCUGUAUUCAAAGCCCAUCUGGAUUACCCUUUGAGGAACCAUGUCCUUCCUGUGGUGAAUGUUGGAUUAUCAAGUCCACAUGCGAUAGCAGUUGAUUGGUUGUCUGCCAUACUGUACAUCAUGGAUUCGGGAUGCAAGGAGAUCAUUGGCUGUAGAAUGGGAGGAGAUUCCUGCACUAUUCUGGUGAAACUUGAUGAGAGUGAUCUCCCCUUGUCCAUAGUAGUGGAUCCUAAGAAUGGGUGA